GGAGAAGAAGAUGCGACUGAAUUUAUGAAUGUAGCCUGACUUGCUAAACGCCGAGAUUCCUAAACGUCGUUUUUAAAAAUAUUUUUUACUUUUGGGGGUGAUUUAAUAUUAAGUGGUCUUCGCGAGGACAUCGCUCUCACGUGAAUGAUUUGACCGCAGUCAUAUUUAUUACCAUAGUUUUUUGUACAUAAUGUCAUUAGCCUUUUAUUAUCAAACUGAAGGACUCUUAGCUACCGCGAAGCUAAGGCAGCUAACAGCAAAUGUCUGACCAGUGUUUACUACGUUUAGACUUUAAAUAAUAAGAGCUUAUGGACGAGUCCAAACCCAGCCUUUGGACACGGUGCCUCUUAUCAAGCCACGAGUCACAGCUACGGUUUACAUGUCCUGUUACUGCGGAUUUUUUUGAGCAGAUGCUAAUGAUCUGCUUCCAUCUUCAGCAGUCGCUGGACUCAGGUGAAAUAACUGAAAUCAUGUUCUACUAAAACCAGGUCAAGAGAUAACGUCUGAGAUGAUGAAGGUUGAAGAGGAAGACCCUGGAGGGCUCAUACCUGCAGCAUCCCUAUCCGAACUGGAGCAGACACAAGACAGCAAAGAUCCCAUAGAUCAUAUGUUGGUGAUCAAAGUGAUUCCUGAUGACUGGAGCCCCAGUUCAGACCAGCAGGACCCAGAGCCCCCCCACAUAAAAGAGGAAGAGGAGGAACUGUGGAUCAGUCAGGAAGAAGAGCAGCUAAAUUUGAAGAGGAAUGAUGACAAAAAACAAGAACUUUCAGAGUUUCACCAAACCAAAGGUGAAAACAUCAGAGAGACAGAAGCUCCAGUCAGCAGCUCAGCCGAUCAGCUUAAAACAGAAUCCAGUGGAGAUGACUUUGGAGGAGCAGAGAGAGACAGCAGCACAGAUCCAGGAUGGUGCUACCGACAUACCAAGACGGACAGAAGAGGUCAAACAUCUACACAGUUUUCCCAACUCAUCGCUCAGAGUAGAUUACAGAGUGGAGAGAAUCCGUUUAGUUUCAAUGUUUGUGGGAAAAAAUUCAAACAUGCGAGUAAAGUUAAGCUCUGCAUGAAUAGCCACAUUGAAAAUAACUGUGAACUUUGUGGUAAAGGAUUCAAAGCAAAGCGCUUUCUUGAAACACAUAUGAGACUCCACACAGGAGAGAGACCUUUUUCCUGCAGUGACUGUGGUAGAAGGUUCCAUGCCAAGACAGUUCUUAAACGUCACAUGGAAGUCCACUCAGGAGAAAAACCUUUUUCCUGUGAUGUUUGUGGUUCAAGAUUUAAAAGGAAGGAAACUCUUAAGAAGCACAUGUGGAUCCACACCAGAGAGAGACAUUUUGUGUGUAGUGUUUGUGGUAAAGAGUUUUCUUAUCCACACAAUCUAAGGAUUCACAUGUGUGUUCACACGGGAGAGAAGCUGUUCAUCUGUAGUGUUUGUAGUAAAGGAUUUUGUGAACAAGAAACUCUGAAGAGACACAUGCGCAUUCACACAGGAGAGAAACCGUUUGUUUGUAGUUUUUGCUGUAAAGGGUUUUCACAACAAAUUCAUCUGAAGAGACACAUGCAUGUUCACACGGGGGGGAAGCGCUUUAUCUGUGGGGUUUGCUGUAAAGAGUUCUCUCAGCGGCAUCAUCUCAAAAAUCACAUGGAGGUUCACACGGCUUCAUUUAGCUGUAGUAAUUGUAGUAAACGUUUUGUGAAAGAAAUCCAGUUACAGCGACAUGUUAGAGUCCACUCAGCAGAGAGGCCAUUUGGCUGCGCUGUCUGUAAAUGCAGAUUUAGCCAGAAGGCUCAACUAGAGAAUCACAUGAGAGUCCAUUCAGGUGAGAAACCAUUUGUCUGUGCUGUGUGCAGUAAAGCAUUUUCACAGCAAGGAAAUCUAAAGAGACACAUGGUUGUUCACAAGAACUGCAAUUAAUGAUUUUUGAUGGUUGAAAAUUAUGAAGUAAUAUUUUUCCGCAGCCCUCUAACCUGGUAAGGCAUGUUGAUAAGGUGAAGCAUUCAGGUUUAGUUCUACUUAAUAUCAAUCUGGAUAUGCUGAUUGGCCGAAAGCGACACCUAGUGCCCGCCUACCAGGGUUUGGUCUUAGCCAAUCAUGGUAACAAAUGAAAUGGCAGCAGACACCAUCACAAACCAGAAGAACCUACACUUUUACACUCUUGGUGUUCGUCUUACAAAGAUGAAACAGUAGAUUCUUACAAACCAGGAGUGAUAGAAGCAGCUAUCUACAAGUUCUCUUGGGCUGCCAUGUUUGUUUUGGUUCGGCUGUGGGCUAUGCAGUUCUUGUUUUCAACACAGCUAUAUAUCCUGCCUUUAAUCAUCAUUCUGUAAUGUGAAUGGCCGAACCGUUUUUGGAUUUUCUAGAAUGGUUUAAGCUGGAGCGGGACAUAGAAAAUAGAAAAUCCCUUUAUUGUCCCACAAUGGGGAAAUUAUGGUGUUUCAGCAGCGAAAGCAUUACAGUAAAAGUGGUCACACAAAUGUGGAUGUUAAAAAAGUGUAUAAAAAUAACAGAAUAAGUGGCAGGCUUUAAAAACAACAAUAAAAUAAAAUAAAAAAU